UGGCUGUGCGCGCUGUCAGUCAUUACACAAGAUGGCGGACGUUAAAAUGCAGCAGAGCUCGUAAAGGGAGAACCGAAGGAACGGGACUGCGAUAAGAAACACACCGAGGGAAGGCUGCGUUUGCAGCCAGGAGAAAAGAAGAAAGGAUGCCGUCCCCUCCGUUUUUCCUCGACGCUCAGCUGCGGUUUCAUGACAAAUGGCUGAGGAUCGAUUUGCAGCGUGCGUUCUCUUCAGAAGGACUGAGCGAGAUGUGGAAUGAGAUGGUUAAAGACGAGGAGAUCGUCUUCAACAGGGAGGAAUCCGCCUUUCCGGAGGACUCUGCAGAUUGUCCCGGUGCUCAGAAGAAGGACGAGUCCAACGACAAGGAGAAGAAAGAGGAAGAGGAGGCGUCUUCCUCGUCCGUCCAUCAUUCCAUCAUCGAGACGUGGGAUUGGGGGAGGCAGCCAGAUGAAGGAGAGCUGAAGGAUUGUCUCCGGGUGCUUGUGGACGACCAGCAGAAACUGGCCGCUCAGACGGCUAAGAGCACUCUGUCUGGGCGCCGUCUGAGCCAGCGGCUGCUCAUCCUGGAGCGCUACCUCAUCUCCCUCACCCACAGCAUGAUGGAGGAGACGUACAAGGUCCGGUGGAAGAGUCCGCCCAGCCCCCCGCUGCCCUCCGUCGAUAACAAGAGUAGUCGUCCCGUGAGUAAAGGAGUGGAGGGUUUGGCACAAGUCGGGUCCAGGGCUGCUCUUUCUUUCGCUUUUGCAUUCCUCCGUCGAGCCUGGAGAUCCGGUGACGACGCGGACCUGUGCAGUGAGCUGCUGCAGGAGUCUCUGGAUGCCCUGCGUGCCCUCCCCGAGGCCACGCUGUUCGACGAGAGCACCGUGUCGUCCGUGUGGCUGGAGGUCGUAGACAGAGCUACCAAAUUCCUCAGCGAAGUGCACGGAGGUGGGACUGGUAAAGCUCCCAGCGGCAUUCCGCUGCAGGAUAAGCACCUGGCCCUGGCUAUUCUGCUGGAGCUGGCUGUUCAGAGAGGCACGCUCAGCCAGCUGUUGUCCGCCGUGCUGCUGCUGCUGAGGCUGUGGGACAGAGGCACCAGAGAGAUGGAUAACGAGCGCUCCAGCCAGGGCACCAGCGCCCCCUUACUGCCCCUGCUACAACGCUUCCAGAGCAUCCACAGCAGCAACGAGGAGCCUGUCCCUGAGGAGGAGCUCGAGAUUUUAUCUGCCCCACUGAGCCCGAAUGAAGGUUUCCUGCGAUACCUGAACCUGCCCCAGGACAACGAGCUGGCCAUUGACCUGCGGCAGACGGCUGUGGUCAUCAUGGCUCACCUGGACCGCCUGGCAGUGCCCUGUAGCCCCCCACCGUGCAGCUCACCCACCUCCAGCAAGGACCAGGGCCCCGUGCAGAGUACAUUGCAGGAGGUGAUUGGUUGGGGAUUGCUGGGAUGGAAAGUCUACGCCAAUCUGAACGGACCAAUCCAGUGCAAAGCUCUGUCCAACCUGGGCGUAACCCAAAUCGUGUGCUCAGAGAAAGGCUUUCUCCUGCUGUCCAUCACUGGUGCUGUCUACACUCAGAAUUAUAAAAGCACCACCCUAUCCCCUAUGCUUCUUCAUAGCCUGGCAUCCAGGAAGAUAGUGAAGCUGGCCGCUCACCCUGAAGGCCAGCAUUACCUCGCUCUCUCGGCCAACGGAGAGGUUUUCUCCUGGGGCUGUGGCGACGGAGGACGUCUCGGACACGGAGACACCACGUAUUUGGACGAGCCGAUGAUGAUUGCGGCGUUUUCCGGGAAGCAGGCCGGGAAGCACGUGGUGCACAUCGCCUGUGGCAGCACCUACAGCGCCGCCAUCACCGCAGACGGAGCUCUGUACACGUGGGGCCGAGGAAACUACGGCCGUCUGGGACACGGCUCCAGUGAGGACCAGACCACGCCCAUGCUGGUGACCACUCUGAAGGGGCUGAAGGUCCUCGACGUGGCCUGUGGCAGCGGAGACGCACAGACGCUUGCAGUCACAGAGAACGGUCAGGUGUGGUCGUGGGGGGACGGAGAUUACGGGAAGCUGGGUCGAGGAGGCAGUGACGGCUGUAAGAGCCCUAAGCUGGUGGAGAAGCUGCAGGAUCUGGACAUAGUGAAGGUGUGCUGUGGAAGUCAGUUCUCAGUGGCUCUCACUAAAGACGGACAGGUUUACACCUGGGGUAAAGGAGACAACCAGAGACUGGGUCACGGCACCGACGAGCACGUCCGCUACCCGAAACUGCUGGACAGUCUGCAAGGUAAAAAGGUGGUGGAUAUAGCCGUGGGCUCCACACACUGCCUGGCCCUCACCGAGGAUGGGGAGGUGCACAGCUGGGGCAGUAACGAUAAAUUUCAGCACUUUGAUACGCUCUUCUCCAACAAGAAGCAGCCUAAAGCUCUGCCAGGACUCAACUCCAAACACAUCGUGGGCAUUUCCUGCGGUCCAGGACAGAGUUUUGCCUGGUCGUCGUGCUCGGAGUGGACCGUGGGGCUGCGCGUGCCCUUCGUGGUGGAUGUCUGCCCCAUGACGUUCGAGCAGCUGGACCUGCUGUUGCGUCAGAUCAGCGAGGGGAUGGACGGCAGCUCGGACUGGCCUCCGCCUCAGGAGAAGGAGUGUAUGGUGGUGGCCACGCUCAACCUUCUCCGACUGCAGCUCCACUCUGCGAUCAGUAAUCAAGUGGACCCGGAGGAGCUGGGGCUGGGCCUGGGCAGCAGUCUGCUCAACAGCCUGAAGCAGAUGGUGGUGACGCUGGCCAGCAAUGCCGGGGUGCUGAACACGGUGCAGGCGGCUGCGCAGGCCGUGCUCCAGAGCGGCUGGUCAGUACUGUUACCCACCGCGGAGGAACGAGCCAGAGCCUUGUCCUCACUGCUGCCCAAUGCAGCCUCCAGCCACGAGAUGAGCGUGAGUCCAGGCCGGAGGUUUAUGAUUGACCUGCUGGUCAGCAGUCUGAUGGCAGACGGAGGGUUGGAGUCCGCUCUGAACGCCGCCAUUACAGCCGAGAUUCAGGACAUGGAAGCUAAGAAGGAGGCGCAGAAAGAGAAGGAGAUUGACGAGCAGGAGGCCAACGCCUCCACCCUGCACCGCUGUCGCACCACCCUCGAUAAAGACCUCAUCAACACCGGCAUCUACGAGUCGGCCAGCAAGCAGAGUUUACCGCUGGUCCAGCUCGUGCAGCAGCUGCUCAGGAACAUGGCCUCACAGACGAUCGGGCGUCUGAAAGACGUGGCUCGGCGCAUUUCACACUGCCAGGACGCAGAGCAGGUGAGUAAAGAGCGCUCGGCCUCGCUCGACCUGCUGCUGCGCUUCCAGAGACUGCUCAUCUGUAAACUGUACGUGGGAGCCAACGGCACCGCCGGGGUCGGCGAUUACACUCUGACCCAGUCUGAGAUAUUGGGCGUGGGCUCCCUGUUGAAGAAGUACAUUGCGUUGCUGUGUACACACAUCGGAGACAUCCUGCCUGUGGCCACCAGCAUCGCCUUCAACAGUCACCGUCACUUUGCUGAAGUGUCCCACGUCAUCGAGGGAGAUCUUACAGGUGUCCUGCUCACCGAGUUGGUGGUGUCCAUCAUCCUGCUGCUGACUCGGGAUGCAGGUCUGAUGCAGGACACGGGCUCCAUCCCUCUGCUGGCUGCCCUGCUCGAGCACCUGGACCGCUUUAACCACCUCGCCCCCGGCCACGACCGAGACGACAACGAAGACCUGGCCUGGCCUGGCCUCAUGGGGUUGUUCUUCACAGGACCGGGCACCAAGAACAACGAAGAGGUCUCGCUUAUACGCAAAGCCGACCUGGAGAACCACAACAAAGACGGCGGCUUCUGGACAGUUAUCGACGGGAAAGUCUACGACAUCAAAGACUUCCAAGCGCAGUCUCUUACCGGAAACACCGUUCUUGCUCAGUUUGCUGGUGAGGACCCUGUGGUGGCUUUAGAAGCUGCGCUACAGUUUGAGGACACGCGAGAGUCCAUGCAGGCUUUCUGCGUCGGACAGUACAUGGAGCCCAACCAGGAGACCGUGACGACCCCGGACCUGAGCAGCCUGUCCUCCCCUCUGAUCGACACAGAGAGGAACCUCGGCUUACUGCUGGGGCUUCAUGCUUCUUACCUGGCGCUGAGCACGCCUCUGUCGCGAAUGGAGCUCGAAUGUGCGAAGUGGCUGCAGUCGUCCAUCUUCUGCGGAGGUCUUCAGACCAGUCAGAUCCACUAUAACUAUAACGAGGAGAAGGACGAGGACCACUGCAGCUCUCCAGGGACCACUGCACCUGAUAAGGCCAAGCUGUACUCGCGCAGGAUCACGCUGAGUGACCAUGCGCAGCCUUUCCUUCAGGCCAUCGCUGACAACAAUAUGCAGGACCACACUGUGAAGGACUUUUUGUGCCAAAUCGAGCGCUGCUGUAAGCAGUAUCACCUCAUCACUCCCAUCACCUUUCCUCUGGAACACCCUGUGGAGGAAGUGGGUCGCCUCCUGCUCUGCUGCCUUCUCAAACACCAGGACCUUGGUCACGUGGCCCUCUCACUCGUCCAUCAGUGUGCCUUGGCUGUGGACCAGGCGAAGCAGAGGUCCCUCCCUAAAUCUGUGAUCGACGUCUGUCGCAUGGUCUACCAGGCCAAGUGCUCUUUAAUCCGAACUCAUCAGGAGCAGGGCCGGUCGUAUAAGGAGGUGUGCGCUCCCGUGAUCGAGAGGUUGCGUUUCCUCUUUAACGAGCUGAGGCCGGCGGUCAGUAACGACCUGUCUAUCGUGUGCAAGCUGAAGCUGUUGAGCUCGCAGCCUCGUUGGAAGAUGAUCACUCGGAAACUGAUCAGAGAGCUCCGGAAGAAGAGAGUGCCUAAGAAGUCAGAGUCUGCAGAUGUAGAGGAGAUUAAGCAGGAGAGAGACGGGACCAAUGAGGAGGAGCCUCCACUUCCUGUCAGUCCCACACCUGUGGACAAGAAACAACCUGUUAAAUCUCCCAAGGAUAAGUGGCAGCCGCUGCUGAACACGGUGGUGAACGUCCAGAAGUACCGCUGGCUGAAGCACAGCGUGCAUGGCUCGUGCUCUCAGUCCAGCCUCAUGGGCACCAUCGUGGAGUUCGCCCUCAAAGAGGAGCCUCUCGACGUGGAGAAGAUGAGGAAGUGCCUCCUCAAGCAGCUGGAGAGGGCAGAGGUGAGGCUGGAGGGUAUCGACACCAUGCUGAAGCUAGCGUCCAAAACCUUCCUGCUGCCGUCUGUACAGUACGCCAUGCUCAGCGGGUGGCAAAGGGUCGUCCCCGAAGGUCCUAACAUAGGAGAGUCUCUGAGCGACUGUCUGAAGGAUGUGGAUCUCAUCCCUCCCUUCAACCGCAUGCUCCUGGAGGUCACCUUCGGCAAGCUGUACUCGUGGGCCAUCCAGAACAUCCGCAACAUCCUGCUGGAGGCCAGCGUCCGAUUUAAAGAACUGGGUGUGCAGCCGGUUCCUCUACAAACCAUCACGAACGAGAACCCAGCAGGCCCCAGUCUGGGCACGGUUCCUCAGGCACGCUUCCUCCUGGCCAUGCUGCACAUGCUGACUCUCAAACAUGGAGCCAACAGCCUCAGCCUGCUGCUCAACUCUGGAACCCUGGCUCUCACGCAGAGCGUGCUCCGCCUCAUCGGUCCGAGUUCAGACAGCAAUGAAGAGGAGCAGGCUUCCAGAGCUCAUUGUGGCUCAGCUACAGUGCUGGAGGAGUCGAGGAAGGAGGCCGCCCCUGCCCCUGUCCCCGCCUCCGGCCCCGAGCUCGCCGCCAUGAUGAAGAUCGGCACCAGAGUGAUGAGAGGACAGGACUGGAAGUGGGGCGAUCAGGACGGCCCUCCUCCUGGUCUGGGCCGAGUGAUCGGUGAACUCGGGGAGGACGGCUGGAUCCGUGUGCAGUGGGACACCAGCAGCACGAACUCCUACAGGAUGGGCAAAGAGGGGAAAUACGAUUUAAAGCUGGCCGAGCCCCCUCCUGCCGCACAGCCUCCCACCGAGGACUCGGACACCGAGGACGACGUCGAAGGUGAUGUGACGGAGAAGAGCGCUCACCCGACGGCCAUCAUGCUGAGCAGCACGGUGAAUCUGCUGAAAACCCUGGCGCUGUCGUCGGGGAUCCACGCCGAGGUGAUGCAGGCCGAAGCCGCCAGGACGCUGUGCGGUCUCCUGCGCAUGCUGGUGGAGAGCGGAACCAGCGACCAGACCGGUUGCUCGUCUCACAGGCUGGUAUCCCGGGAGCAGCAUCGGAGCUGGUGUACUCUGGGAUUUAUCCGGAGCAUAGCGCUGAUGCCCCAGAUGUGCAGCACGCUGAGCUCCUUGGCCUGGAUCAACCUGCUCAUACGUAUCGUGGAGGGACAUCAGUCUUUCACCGCCGUUACGCUACAGAGACAGAUCCUGGCUCUGCGCCUGCUGCAGGCGGUGCUGCCGUCCUGGGAUAAAAGUGAGCGCUCUCAGGAUAUGAAGUUCCUCGUGGAGAAGCUGUUCGGCUUCCUGGGAAGCCUCCUGAGCACCUGCUCCUCAGACCUGCCGCUGCUCAGAGAAGGUUCCCUGCGCAGGAGGAAGUCCCGCCCACAGGCGUCUCUGACAGCCACUCACAGCAGCACGCUGGCCGAGGAGAUCGUGGCCGUCCUGCGUACGCUGCACUCUCUCCACCAAUGGAACAGCCUCAUUAACGAAUACAUUAACUCCCAGCUCAACGGGAUCGGAGACGUGAUGGCGGGACGAGUGUCAGAAGUGGCGCUGCUGGAGGAGUAUUUACCCCACGCCGACGCGCCGGUGGUGGGCAGCCUGAUGGCCGUGCUGGCCGUGAUCGGUGGGAUCGAUGGACGUCUGCGUUUGGGAGGUCAGGUGGUCCACGAGGAGUACGGAGAAGGCACGGUCACGCGCAUCACGCCGAAAGGACGCAUCACCGUGCAGUUUUAUGAAAUGAGGACGUGCCGAGUGUGUCUGCUGAGCCAGCUUAAACCGUUGCCCGUGGUUCCGUUCAGCGUUCAGAACCUGCCCUUCACCGAGCCCAUGCUCGCUGUGUGGGCUCAACUCGUCAACCUGGCCGGGAGCAAACUGGAGAAACAGCGCAUGAAGAAAUCCAUCAGCAGAGGACUCGCCGCAGAUCAGGUGGAUGUACACUUGUUGCGCUGUCAGCAGUUGAGGCUGUACAUCCUGAAGGCUGCUCGAGCUUUACUCCUACACCAGGACAAACUCCGACAGAUCCUGUCUCAGCCUGCUGUGGUGGACUCCAACCCCGCCCCUGCCGAGGAGCAGGUGGGCGUGUCCUCUCCAGAUGUGGGUGAUUUAUCUCCUGAAGGUCCUCUCCCUCCCCUCAUCCUGCUCCAGCAGCUCCUCUCGGCUGCCACUCAGCCCUCGCCCAUUAAAGCCAUCUUCGACCGCCAGGAGCUGGAGGCGGCCGCUCUGGCUGUGUGUCAGUUCCUGGCGGUGGAGUCCACUCACCCGUCCUCUCCGCUGUUCGAGGACAGCAGCUCGAGCGAGGCCACCACGCCGCUCACCGUGCAGCAUGUCCGUCCUCCCAAACAGAAGAAGCACAAGAGCUCGCCCGUUCCUCCCGUUCCCAUCGUCCUGCAGCUCAUGGAGAUGGGCUUCCAGAGGAAGAACAUCGAGUUCGCACUCAAAUCUCUGUCAGGAUCCACAGGCGGCACCUCCGGCACUCCCGGUGUGGAGGCGCUGGUGGGCUGGCUGUUGGAUCACCCCGAAGUGCAUGUCGCGGAGCUGUCCGAUGCGGACACGGUGUCUGACGAGUACUCUGACGAAGAGGUGCUGGAGGAACUGGAGGAGCCGGAAGCAGCUUUCUCUGUGCCUCCUGGUGUUGUGGUUACAGAGAGUCAGACGUUUAAGAAGAGAUCGGAUUUUCAAAGCAACGAUGAUUACGCCGUGUACGUGAGGGAGAACAUUCAGGUGGGAAUGAUGGUGAAGUGUUGCAGGACGUAUGAAGAGGUGUACGAGGGAGACGUGGGUAAAGUGAUCAAGCUGGACCGAGACGGGUUACACGACCUGAACGUGCAGUGCGACUGGCAGCAGAAAGGAGGAACCUACUGGGUCCGCUACAUCCACACUGAGCUACUGGGGUUUCCUCCUCAGAGCUCUCCGUCUCACAUUAAGAUCGGGGAUAAGGUGCGAGUGAAGCAGUCCGUCACCACACCGAAGUACAAGUGGGGCUCCGUGACUCACAGGAGUGUGGGCGCGGUCAAGGCCUUCAGUGCGAAUGGAAAAGACGUGAUCGUGGACUUCCCUCAGCAGUCCCACUGGACAGGGCUGCUGUCAGAGAUGGAGCUGGUGCCGAGCGUACACCCCGGCGUCAGGUGCGACGGCUGUCAGAUGUUCCCCAUCAACGGACCCAGGUUCAAGUGCCGGAGCUGCGACGACUUUGAUUACUGCGAAAGCUGCUUCAAAACCCGCAAACACAACCCCAGACACUCGUUCGGACGGAUUAACGAACCGGGUCAGUCUCCAGCGUUUAGUGGACGCUCGGGGAAGCAGCUGAAGAGACACCACAGCAGCCAGCGGGGAAUGCUGAUAGACGAUUGGUCCAGAGCUGUGAGGAACCUCAGCGUGUCGUCAUCGGUUAAUCAGGCGUCCCGUCUCAUCGACGGUGGAGAUCAGUGCUGGCAGUCGUCUGGCUCUCAGGGCAAGCACUGGAUCAGGUUGGAGCUCUUCCCUGAUGUUCUGGUGCACCGGUUGAAGAUGGUGGUGGAUCCAGCAGACAGCAGCUACAUGCCUUCACUGGUGGUGGUGUCGGGUGGAAGUUCACUGAACAACCUGAUCGAGCUGAAGACAAUCAACAUCAACCCUACAGACACCACCGUGUCAUUACUAAACGACUGCACUGAGUACCACAGAUACGUAGAGAUCGCUAUAAAGCAGUGUCGCAGCUCAGGGAUCGACUGUAAGAUCCACGGGCUGAGCAUCGUGGGUCGUAUCCGCGCCGAGGAUGAAGAUCUGGCCACGGUGCCGUUCCUAGCGUCGGAUAACGAGGAAGAGGAAGAUGAUAAAGCUGCCACAGGGAGUCUCACUCGGAAGAGAUCCUCAGGCAUGGAGUCUGCUGCUACCAUCAGAACCAAAGUGUUUGUUUGGGGUCUCAAUGACAAGGACCAGCUGGGUGGACUCAAAGGGUCAAAGAUCAAGGUUCCAUCGUUUUCCGAGACGCUGUCUGCUCUGAAUGUCGUGCAGGUGUCUGGAGGCUCCAAGAGCCUUUUUGCAGUGACUGCGGAGGGAAAGGUGUACGCGUGCGGAGAGGCCACUAACGGUAGGCUGGGUUUGGGUCUGAGCAGCGGCACCAUCCCGAUCCCUCGCCAAAUCACCGCUCUCAGUAACUACGUAGUGAAGAAAGUCGCAGUUCAUUCAGGUGGACGCCAUGCCAUGGCUUUGACGGUGGAUGGGAAAGUGUUCUCAUGGGGUGAAGGAGAUGAUGGUAAACUGGGGCAUUUCAGUAGAAUGAACUGCGAUAAGCCUCGGCUGAUCGAAGCACUGAAGACGAAGCGCAUUCGGGACAUCGCCUGCGGGAGCUCGCACAGCGCGGCCAUCACCUCCAGCGGCGAGCUGUACAGCUGGGGUCUGGGGGAGUACGGGCGCCUGGGACACGGAGACAACACCACGCAGCUCAGACCCAAGCUGGUGAAGGUGUUGCUGGGUCAUCGUGUUAUCCAGGUGGCUUGUGGGAGUCGUGACGCGCAAACUCUGGCUCUGACGGACGAAGGUCUGGUGUUCUCGUGGGGAGACGGCGACUUCGGGAAGCUGGGUCGUGGAGGCAGCGAGGGCUGCAACAUCCCUCAGAACAUCGAGCGUCUGAAUGGACAGGGCGUGUGUCAGAUCGAGUGUGGAGCUCAGUUCUCUCUCGCGCUCACCAAAUCAGGAGUGGUGUGGACCUGGGGGAAGGGAGAUUACUUCCGGCUGGGUCACGGGACAGACGUGCACGUGAGGAAGCCUCAGAUGGUGGAGGGGCUGCGAGGGAAGAAGAUCGUUCACGUGGCUGUGGGAGCGCUGCACUGCCUGGCCGUCACUGACACGGGACAGGUGUACGCGUGGGGAGAUAAUGACCACGGGCAGCAGGGUAACGGGACGACCACGGUGAACCGCAAACCGACGUUGGUGCAGGGCCUGGAGGGUCAGAAGAUCACUCGUGUUGCGUGCGGCUCCUCCCACAGCGUGGCCUGGACCACUGUGGAUGUCACCACGCCGUCUGUUCACGAACCGGUUCUCUUCCAGACGGCCAGGGACUCGCUUGGGGCCUCGUACCUGGGUGUGCCGUCAGACAGUGACCCAUCCUUGCUGAGUAAUAAGCUGAGUGGUCAGAGCAGUGCGAAGCCCAGCAGGCCGUCUCUGGCCAAAAUCCUGCUCUGCCUGGAUGGGAACCUGGCCAAGCAGCAGGCUCUGUCUCACGUGCUUUCUGCUCUGCAGAUAAUGUAUGCCAGGGAUGCUGUGGUGGGAGCUCUGAUGCCUUCCUGCAUGAUGCCUGUGGAAUGCCCGUCCAGCUCUCCGGUUCCGCCCUCCGACAGCUCGUCCGUCUCAAGCCCCUCUGAAGCUGAAGGUCCUCCUGUGACCUCUGACCUCGAGGAGCGCGCCAGCCCUCAUCCCUGGCAGGACAGCAAGAGGGGAGAGGUGGCGUCCUCUGAAGAUGCCGUUACCCCAUCGUCUGCCGUGACCCCAUCCGCAGCCGCCGCUUCCUCUCGCCCCUUCAUCCCCGUCACCGACGACCCCGGGGCGGCCAGCAUCAUCGCCGAAACCAUGACCAAGACCAAAGAGGAUUCUGAGAGCCAGAAUAAAGCUUCCGGGCCCGAACCUCAGUACCUGGACGAGUUCACCAGUCUGCUGGUUCCCGAUGACACGCGAGUGAUGGUUGACCUGCUGAAGCUGGCGGUGAAUCUGCGCUCGGGAGAGAAAGGAAAGGAAGUGCUGUCCGCUGUGCUGUCCGGCAUGGGCACCGCCUACCCACAGGUGGCGGACAUGUUACUGGAGCUGUGUGUGACCGAACUGGAGGAUGUUGCUACGGACUCUCAGAGCGGUCGUCUGUCCUCUCAGCCUGUGGUGGUGGAGAGCAGUCACCCCUACACUGACGACACCUCCACCAGCGGAACUGUGAAAAUCCCAGGUGCUGAGGGUCUGCGAGUGGAGUUCGACCGUCAGUGUUCUACAGAGAGGAGACACGACCCGCUAACCGUCAUGGACGGCGCCAAUAGGAUCGUCUCUGUCCGAUCAGGGCGCGAGUGGUCAGACUGGUCUAGUGAGUUGAGGAUUCCAGGAGACGAACUGAAGUGGAAGUUCACCAGUGACGGCUCGGUGAACGGCUGGGGCUGGCGCUUCACCGUCUAUCCCAUCAUGCCUGCAGCGGGUCCUAAAGACCUCCUGUCCGAUCGCUGUAUCCUGUCCUGCCCUUCGAUGGACCUGGUCACCUGCCUGCUGGACUUCCGUCUCAACUUUGCCUCCAAUCGCAGCAUCGUUCCGCGCCUGGCUGCUUCGCUCGCCGCCUGCGCUCAGCUCAGCGCUCUGGCGGCUGGACACCGUAUGUGGGCCCUUCAGAGGUUACGCAAACUCCUGACUACUGAAUACGGCCAGUCCAUUAACAUUAACCGGCUGCUGGGGGACGGUGAAGGAGAGCCUCGCUCUGUGAGUUUUACAGGAAGUGCUCUUGCCGCUCUGGUUAAAGGGCUCCCCGAGGCUCUGCAGAGGCAGUACGAGUAUGAGGACCCUGUCGUCAGAGGAGGCAAACAGCUCCUUCAUAGCCCCUUCUUCAAGGUCUUGGUGGCUCUUGCGUGUGAUCUGGAGUUGGACACGCUACCCUGCUGCGCCGAGACCCAUAAGUGGGCGUGGUUUCGUCGCUACUGCACCGCCUCUCGAGUGGCCGUGGCUCUGGAUAAGCGAACGCCCCUGCCACGCCUGUUCCUGGAUGAGGUCGCGAAGAAAAUCCGUGAGCUGAUGGCAGACCACGAGAACAUGAACGUGCUUCACGAGAGCCACGAGCUGUUCAAGAGAGAACACGAUGAACAGCUGGUGCAGUGGAUGAACAGGCGUCCGGACGACUGGACUCUGUCGGCGGGCGGCAGCGGCACCAUCUACGGCUGGGGUCACAACCAUCGCGGACAACUCGGCGGCAUUGAAGGGGCGAAGGUCAAAGUCCCCACACCGACGGAGGCCCUCGCCACCCUGCGGCCCGUUCAGCUGAUUGGCGGAGAGCAGACGCUGUUCGCCGUCACGGCUGAUGGAAAGCUCUACGCUACAGGCUACGGAGCCGGAGGGCGACUCGGGAUCGGCGGCACCGAGUCAGUGUCCACUCCGACUCUACUGGAGUCCAUCCAGCACGUAUUUAUCAGGAAGGUGGCGGUGAACUCCGGGGGGAAACACUGCCUGGCCCUGUCCGCCGAGGGAGAGGUGUACUCCUGGGGAGAGGCCGAGGACGGAAAACUCGGCCAUGGAAACAGAAGCCCGUGUGACCGUCCGCGGGUGAUCGAGUCUCUGAGGGGGGUGGAGGUGGUGGAUAUCGCUGCUGGAGGAGCUCACAGCGCCUGUAUCACAGCCAGCGGAGAACUCUACACCUGGGGAAAGGGACGCUACGGCCGCCUGGGGCACGGAGACAGCGAGGACCAGCUCAAACCCAAACUGGUGGACGCUCUGCAGGGACACAGGGUGAUCGACGUGGCGUGCGGCAGCGGCGAUGCUCAGACUCUGUGUUUGACGGAUGAUGACAUGGUGUGGUCGUGGGGCGACGGCGAUUACGGCAAGCUGGGACGAGGAGGCAGCGACGGCUGUAAAGUUCCCAUGAAGAUUGACUCUCUGACAGGAUUGGGUGUAGUAAAAGUGGAGUGCGGUUCUCAGUUCUCUGUCGCGCUGACCAAAUCUGGAGCUGUCUACACAUGGGGGAAAGGGGACUACCACAGGCUCGGUCACGGCUCAGACGAUCACGUCCGCAGACCCCGGCAGGUCCAGGGCUUGCAGGGCAAAAAGGUUAUCGCUAUAGCAACCGGCUCCCUUCAUUGCGUCUGCUGCACUGAGGACGGAGAAGUGUAUACGUGGGGUGAUAAUGACGAGGGUCAGCUGGGAGACGGGACCACCAACGCCAUCCAGAGGCCCAGACUAGUGGGAGCGCUGCAGAGCAAGAAGAUCAACAGGGUGGCCUGUGGCUCCGCCCACACACUCGCCUGGUCCACCAGCAAACCCACUAACGCCGGCAAACUUCCUGUUCAGGUCCCCAUGGAGUAUAACCACCUGCAGGAGAUCCCCAUCAUGGCCCUGAGGAACAGGCUGCUCUUGCUGCACCACAUCUCCGAACUCUUCUGCCCCUGCAUCCCCAUGUUCGACCUGGAGGGGCGUCUCGGUCAGACCACACACUCCGUGGGGUCUGUGGGCUUCGACACUCUCCGGGGCAUCCUCAUCUCACAGGGCAAGGAGGCUGCGUUUCGUAAAGUUGUGCAGGCUACGAUGGUGAGAGACCGACAGCAUGGACCAGUCGUAGAGCUCAACAGAAUCCAGGUGAAGCGUUCCCGCAGUAAAGGAGGUCUAGCCGGACCCGACGGUACCAAGUCCGUGUUCGGACAGAUGUGCGCCAAGAUGAUCUCCUUCAGCCCAGACAGCCUGCUGCUGCCUCAUCGCGUCUGGAAGGUCAAGUUCGUAGGGGAGUCUGUAGACGACUGCGGAGGAGGUUACAGUGAGUCUAUAGCGGAGAUGUGCGAGGAGCUACAGAACGGUCUCACUCCUCUGCUCAUCGUGACUCCGAACGGCCGAGACGAGUCGGGCGCUAACAGAGACUGCUUCCUGCUCAACCCCACUGCUAAAAGUCCGCUCCACAUGAGCAUGUUCCGCUUCUUAGGAGUACUCCUGGGCAUAGCGAUCCGUACAGGAAGUCCUCUCAGUCUGUACCUCGCUGAACCCGUCUGGAAGCAGCUCGCCGGCAUGAACCUCACCAUCGCUGAUCUCAGUGAGGUGGAUAAGGACUUUAUCCCUGGCCUGAUGUUUAUCAGAGAUACCGAGGCUUCCGCGGAGGAGUUUGAAGCGAUUCCUCUGCCCUUCACCGUGCCCAAUGCCUGCGGUCAGGAGGUCCAGCUCAGCUCCAAACACUCGCACAUCAACCUGGAGAACCGGACCGAGUACGUCCGCCUCGCCAUCAACUACAGGCUGCAUGAGUUUGACGAGCAGGUGGCUGCAGUGAGAGAAGGUAUGGCCCGGGUGGUGCCCGUUCCUCUCCUCUCUCUCUUCACCGGAUACGAGCUGGAGACCAUGGUAUGUGGCAGUCCUGACAUCCCGCUACACCUGCUGAAGUCAGUAGCUACGUAUAAAGGGGUGGAGCCAACCGCGCCCCUCAUCCAGUGGUUCUGGGAGGUGAUGGAGUCCUUCUCCAACACGGAGCGCUCGCUCUUCCUCAGGUUCGUGUGGGGACGAACACGUCUGCCCCGGACCAUCGCGGAUUUCCGCGGACGAGACUUCGUGGUGCAGGUGUUGGAUAAGUACAACCCUCCAGACCACUUCCUGCCGGAGUCAUACACGUGCUUCUUCCUGCUCAAGCUGCCUCGUUACUCGUGCAAACUGGUGCUGGAGGAGAAACUGAAGUACGCCAUACACUUCUGCAAAUCCAUCGACACGGACGACUACGCUCGCAUCGCUCUGAGCGGAGAGCCCGCCGCCGACGACUCCACCGACGACUCGGACAACGACGACGCCGACUCCUUCGCCUCCGACUCCACACAGGACUACCUGACUGCACACUGACAUGCUCUCUCUCACACACUCUCACACGCGCACACUCUCACGCACACUCUCACACGUACACUCUCACACGCACACUCUCACACGCACACUCUCUGAUGUCGAGAGUCGUCAAACAUGCUGCCAAGAAAAAAGAAAAGACACUCAAUCUAAAGAUGUGUUUAAAACUCCCAUAAACACACACACACACACACACACACACACACAUGUAUCUGUACUACCACAACUAAAAUCUUUAUGUGCAAUUAGCUUUAAAAGCACUAUAAGCUGGUGAAGAUAAAAUAAAACUUGGAAUUUUUUUAUUAGUUUAUUUAAAAAAAAAAGAAGCCGGAGCCAGGGAGGGGGAGAAACUGGACAUCGUUUGAUCGAUUGUAGACGUCGUGUUUGUAUUUUUCGGACCGUGUAGCCUAGCACUGUGCUGACGACCCCUGAUGGACUCGCUGUAUCGUUUAAACGAUCGAGCAGCAGCUUCUUCGUCCUUUUCUUUUCAUUUCCCUCGGGGGAAUAAAAACGUGCAGUGCUUUUCUUUUCUGUUUUUUUUUGUUUGUUUUUUUAAUUUUAAUUUUUUUACUUUUCCCCCGAAUAACCUUGAACACGAGCGCGAGCUGUCCUCGCUCUGAUUGGUCGGUGUUAUCUGGAGCUCAUUCAGGGGUUGUUUUCAGGGCGUCGGUCGCCGUAUUCACUACCCAGACCCCUGCUCCGCCCUCCUCCUCCUCGUCCUCCUCCUCGUCCUCUGUGUCCGUGUGUGUUUGGCUUCCUGACGAACUGUAAAUAACGUUAUUGUGCCAUGUGUUCAUAAGACGUCUCAUUCCGAUGUAAUAAUGUUAAUAAAUUCCUGUUUAAAACAAACAUUAAACUGAAAUGUUACCGA